AUGCCCUCCAAUGACCGCUACCCAACCCUCCCGAGUCGGAUGCUUCUCAUCACCUUCAAAAACCGUCUGAAAGGGGCGCAGAAGGGCCACAGCCUUCUCAAGAAGAAGGCCGACGCCCUUUUAAUUCGCUACCGCGCGACGAUGCAGGACCUCCGCCGGGCGAAGUUGCUGAUGUGCGAUCAGGUCAAGGACGCCUACUUCACCAUCACCAAGGCCCAGUUCAUCCUCGGGGACAUCAGCCUGGUGGUGCAGGAGUCGCUCAAAAUCCCAACCUAUUGUCUGCGGCUGAGGAUCGAGAACGUGGCCGGGGUCCAGGUCCCGAGCCUCCACCCGGAAGAGGAAAAAGGGGGGUUCCCCACGACAAGCGGCCGCCCCGCCGUCGUGAACCUCGCGGCGGGGAUCGGCAAGGGCGGGGAGCAAAUUCGCGAGGCCCACGACGCCUUUCAACACACCCUCGACCUCCUCGUGCAGAUCUCGUCCUUGCAGUCCAGCUGGAUUACGCUGGAUCUCGCGCAGAAGGUCACGAAUCGCCGCGUGAACGCCCUGGAGAAGGUCGUGAUUCCUCGCCUGCAAAACACCCUGAGUUAUAUCACCUCGGAGCUCGACGAGCAGGAACGGGAGGAGUUCUUUCGCUUGAAAAUGGUCCAGAAGAAAAAGAAAAGUCUGGCCCUCGAAAAGGAACAAGAAAGUCUACGGCAGAAAACGGCAUCCCCGACAGCGAUUCAUGUGAAUCCAGCCGACGGGUUGAAUACUUCGGGUGCGAAAAAUGCGCUUUUGGAGGAAUUCGAGGAUGAGGUGGAUGAGAGUUAUUUGGUUGUCUGA